AUCCAUUCCUCCCCCUUCCCACGCCACGCCUCAUUUAUUACUGCUUCCAUACCAUUUAAAUAAACCCUCUGUGAAAAGAAGCAGCGGGCAACAACAGGAUUUAUACUACUAGCGUCUUUGUUGUUGCGCCCUCGGCCUCGGUAUCUCAGUUUUGGAGCUCCACCGCUUGUCCCCUGGAGAAACCCCCUGUUCUCUCUUGCAUCUCAACACCUCCCGUUCGUCCCGAAGUGGAGUCAAUCCAAACUCGCUUCGCUCCGUUCUGCUUCCAGAAGAGGAGCUGAAAUCGGACAGUAUGCCGUGGGUGUCGUGGACGGCCAACUGUUUCGCCAAGUCCGUGCGUCUGGUCGUCUUCUUCCGCGUCAUUCUUUGACUUCGUGGAUUUUGAUCAUCGGGAGUUCUCUGUUCGCCGAAUUUUGAUUAUAUUGAGUUGAGGAAGUUAGAAUGUACGUUGCGGUCAAUCUGAAGAUAAAUCGGAUAGUGAAGAAGGCUGGAGACGUUAUAAUGAGCGUUGGAAUUAUUGCUUAUUAUCAGUUGAUGCAAGUUUGUCAGGCUGAGUACUUCCGCCAGUUGCUUAAGCCUGUCACGUAGAUUGAACUAGUAGGUUGAUCGUAAGUUGAUCCGCAGCACCUUCUUGUUCCUUCAUUACUCGAUCCAUCUCAAAGAAAUUUUUGGUGAAAUCAAAUCAGGAAGAGAACCAACUCAUGAAAGAUAAGCUCUUCUGCACUUGUUAGACUCAAAUGGCUACGCUGACAGAGAUGUUUGAUUGAAGAAUUUCAACAUUUCCAACUUAGUACUUUCAGAUCACUCUUGUUAGCAGCGGCUAAAUCCGGCCAAGGUUUACAUACAGGUCAGAUCGCUCCCAUUAAUAGCAGCGUGGUAGUCUGAUAAAAAGUCAGUAGAGACCUAUGCAGAGAGACCGAAGAUUCUUUUCUAAGAAGGCUUCCCGAUCUCGUGGUUAUGAAGCGGGCAGCUGUGCUCUUGACUCUCCUGCUGGUGCUUGUGAUACUGAUGCUUCUGCCGCUGCACCUUCCUUUGGGGAAGCUCUCACAGGCAUGAAGCAUCAUGAAUUCCCUGUUCCGCUUAAUGGAGUUGAGUUCCAGCCCUCUGAAACCUGUCCUAAGAACUUUGUCAUCUUCGACCAGACAUAUAACAAAAGCCGGGUCAUGUUCCACCCUUCGUUAGCCCACAAUUUUGGCUCUUCGAGCUUUGGCGUCCAUGGAGCUCAUGCCCAUGAAGCUGGCAAAAGUACGGUUGGAGAUUACUACAACGCAGGAGAAUAUUCCUCGCCUCACAUAGAGGAUGCAGAAGAUAUCGAUGCAUUGCUGAGUUCAGAAGAAGAUGAUGAUGUGGUCAGCACUGGCCGGACUCCGGGCAAUUGGGGCGGCGGCAGUUCGCCAGAUUCUUCAUGUUCAUUUUCGGAUGGAAUGAGAUCUAGCAAGUUGAAGUUCAAUUCUACUAAUGCCGGCAGCGGCAGCGGUAGUGAGAGGAAAAGGGAGAAAAUGAAGAAGAUGGUUAAAACACUCAGGGGAAUCAUUCCCGGUGGAGACCGGAUGGAUACACCUGCUGUUCUGGACGAGGCUGUUAAGUACCUGAAAUCCCUCAAGGUGGAAGUGAAGAAGCUUGGAGUGCAGAAUCUUGACAGCUGAAAUGGCGGGCAUUGUGGUAGUCUCACUAAACUUAAAAGCACCAAAUGGGAGCUGCAUCCUUAUCUAAAAGCAUAAACUAUCAUGAUGCUGUAUGUUGCUUGUGUUAUUUAUGCCCCACAUACGCUAGCUUUAUGCUCCAUGAUGAGAGCAUGGAAGGAAGCUCUGCGUGCCUACUGGAUUGGAUGGAGGCAUUAGGGGGCAAAAGAAGCAAAGGAGUGGAGGUGCACACCUUUUCUUGGUGGUGGGUCUUGGUUAUUGCCCACGGUUUUUGGAUGCUUAUAGUGUGUGGUUUUGUUCUUACAAGGCUAUGCCUUUUCUUCUUGCCUCUUCUUUUCUUACAAUGGUGUAGUGCUUAAGAUCAUGUGGGAUCUUUCUGUUAUGUUAUGUUGGCCAAACCACAACCUUUAUAAGCUCGACAUCCUUUUGGUGGUCAUUCUAGUAUGAAAUUCUCUGCCUCGGUUACAUCUGUCUGCCUUUUGGUAUCUUAUGUCUAUGUUCACUGGGUUCUUAUUAGUGUUAUUUAACUUGUAGCCGUGUGUUGUCUUAUGGUGCUGCUGUUGUUUUAAGGUGCUGUUAUUUGUUAGUUAAUUUGUGGCAGAAUAGACCUGCCUUUUCCUUUCUGGACAAGCAAGUCAGUCCUCGCGGAGAAACACUAAUAAUGGUAGAUGACCAGGUAGCACCCACGCCUGGCUCUUUUCUCUCUUUGAUGUUCAGAGUCUGGAAAAGAAGCAAGCAAAAGCUGGUAUACGAGACAGUUGAACUGAGAGCAAUGAUGGACGUGGCGUCCUUUUGGUCAAGCCCUUGGAACCCCAUGUGAUGGGGCUUUAUCAGAGUUUCCC